AUGCCUGGUUGUUGAGUGUGGAUCUGGUGUUGGUGACUCCAUUGAUCUGUGAGGAUACUAUUCAAAAUUUGGAUGGGGGAUUUCUUUUUAAAAUUUUAGUCCUUGUCUUUAUGCAUAAAUAUAAAAUCUCUGCAAAGCGGGAAUAGCAGAAAGAAAAAAUUAAAGAAAUUUUAAAUCUUAUUUAUUAAAUCGGAUUCAAAGUAAGGUCUUUGAGUUAUUGUAUUAGUGUUAAGGUUCCCAGGAUAUUAGGAUCAAAACAAACAAUCAGAAAAUGGACUUCAUAUUGCUGACUUAGAGGAAGGUAUUACAGAGGAAUAAUUAUUUGUGGAAUUCAGAAAGUUUGGAUAAAUCAGCUUUGUAAAAUUGCAUAGGUAUGAAUAUGAAUUCCUAAAAUAGGUAUCCUUUCAUUGGGAAAUCAAAGCAUUAUGCUUUCAUUUAUUUCUCAUCUCAAGAAGAGGCUCGUAAAGCUAAGGAAGCAAUGAAUUAUAAAUAACUCUUGAGAGAGCCAAUGCGUAUCACUUACAUCUAAGAAUACGAGAAGGAUGCUAACUUAUUCUUUGCAGGCUUCGAAUUGACUGUAACAUUAAAGCAACUUGAAGAAUUCUUUUUAAAAUGGGGUCAAGUUGUAAGUGUGAAAUUGUCUACAGAUGAGAAUAAGAAAAGCAGAGGUAUUGUAUCAAAUUCACAUUUAGGUUAUGGAUGGGUGUAAUUUGAGAAGAAGGAAUAAGCUAAUGCCUUGUUGGCUGACAGUACAGAUGGCACAAUCGCAUAUAAUGAGAAGACAAAGAUCAUAAUCAAGAGAUUUGUUAAGAAAGGACAAACAGACAGAGAAGAUAAGAGAAAUAACCUUUACAUUAAGAACUUCUGGACAUCACUUGAAAAUUUUGAUUUGGAUAACGCAGAAGUUCGUGAAUAAUUGGUAAGAUUGAUGUUCAUUUUUUUAGGAAAAAGAAAUGAGAGAAAAAUUAAAUGAAUGGUUCAGUGGUUAUGGAUCCAUUGUUUCAAUCUUAGUCAAAAUUGAUACUGAAAGAAAAGCUCCAUUUGCAUUCGUUAGUUUCAAUUAGCAUCAAGCUGCUAAGGAAGCUUAGAGAACUCUUGGUACAACUCAAAAAAGGGAUCCCUUGAGCACUGGCAGAAUGAUGUAUGUUGGAUGGGCUUAGACCAAGACAGAUAGAAAGCAAUAGAGAGACAAUAAUGUCUUUGCUAAAUAUAUCUAUGCUGAUCAUCUCUCAAGAAAUGUCACUGAAGAAAUGAUCAGAACUACUCUCAAAGAAUGCGGAUAUGGAGAUAUUCAAACAGUAAUCCCUUUUGAUUCUAUGAUUUUUAGAUUAGAUUAGAGAAAAUGUAAUAAGGAUUCCAAUAGAUCAUCAGAAUUGGGUACAUUGUGUUCGAUUAGGCUUCUGAUGCCAACAAGUUGGUUAAGAAUUUCAAGGAAAAUGAAAAGUUUGAAGAAAUCAAAAAGCUCUUUGAUCCAAAUGUUGAAACUGCAGGAGGCAAAUACUUCUAACAUCUCUUCCCUCAAUAAUCUUAAUAGAGAGGACAAAGAAGAAAUAAUCAAAGACAAUCACCCAAUAGAAGAAUGUAUUCUAUGCCUUAAGGUCCUACUCCAUUUGGUUAGAGAAUGCCAUUCCCUCCCUAUCAAAUGCAAUAGAGAAUGCAAGGUCCUGCAGGAAUGAGAAGACCAUUCCCACAACAAAUCCCAGGAUUCGCUUAGCCUAUUAGACCUAACAUACCUCCUCCUGUUUAAUAGCCUGAGGCCCAAAAACAAGCUCCUCAAGCUGUUCCCUUCAAUAAAAAAUAAGAUUUGUUAGAUUUGUUGGCCAAUUUGGAAACAUUCAAAGCUAAACCUCAAGAGGAAUAACUCAGACAAAUCUAGUAAGACAUUUCAACUAUCAAUUUAGACAAAUGCUUUAUUAUAGAAUUAAGGCUAGACUUAGUACUGACACAGAGGCUCACUGGAAGAGAAUAAGUGAAAUAUUGUCAGACCCAACAAAUUACUCAAUUGAUGAAAUCAUUGAUAUGUUUAAAGAAGAAGAACAAUUCGAUUCCUUUGUAGACGAAGCCAUUGAAUAAUUAAAGGAAGCAUCAUGUUGGUGAUCAUUUUAUUAUUUGUUCAUUAAAUAAAUAUAAAU